AUGGACAUUGCGCUGCAUUGUCAGUUGACAGCCGGUACUACAUACGUAGCAAUGCCUCGUGACGCUAAUCUGCGCAAGCACUCCUUUCUCGACAGAUUUUGACGAGUACGCCGGCGACGCGAUCUACUCGCGCUUACACAACCCACUCGCCGGUCUCGGCAAAGAAUCGUUUUCGUCGGUAGCCUUGAACGUGACUAACUCGGAAGUAACACAGUACGUGGCAAACUUGCCGGAGCUUUCGGUGCUCCCACGCGACAGUGUGCUGCGGCAGUGCAUUUCCUUGUACGGCAUAACCUAUGUCGGUAAGUUCUCGUCGCUCCUUUCCUCCCAGCGGCUUCCCGAGUGCCGACCGAAGCCUCUCCAUACUUUAGGCAUCCUCUUGCUCUAUUUCUCGGUAGCGACCUUCUCGUACUACUUUAUUUUCGACCACCGAAUGAAGCUUCACCCGCGGUGGCUCAAGAAUCAAGUUCGGAAGGAGAUCAUGUUCUCGCUCGAAGCGUUCCCGAUGCUCGAUCUUUUGACCUUACCGUGGUUCCUGGGCGACGUCCGAGGCUACUCCCAACUGUACGACUCGAUCGCGGAGGGCCCAUUCGGUGCCGCCGGUGGAUGGAAGCCGUGGGCUUACAUGGCGUUCUCGGUUGCAUUCUUCUUGUGGUUCACCGAUUACUGCAUCUACUGGAUCCAUCGGUGGUUGCACAUUCCCUUCCUUUACAGGCGGUUGCACAAACCUCAUCACAAGUGGAUCAGUGAGUCGCAAGUUCCUUGCAUGUCUCUUUGUUGGUCCCAAAUCGCAACUACGAAAUGAGAUCUGACCCCAAUCGCUUCAACUUGUUCCCCCCGCAGUCCCUUCUCCUUUCGCUUCCCACGCUUUCCACCCCGUUGACGGCUAUCUGCAGUCCGUGCCGUACCAUAUUGCGUGUUACAUGUUCCCCAUCCACAAGUACAUGUUCAUCGGCCUCUUUUCGUUCGUCAAUCUGUGGUCGAUCUUCAUUCACGACUCCGACAUGCUGUGUGGCCACCCGCUCGAACACUAUAUCAAUGGACCCGCUCACCACACCCUGCACCAUAUAUACUUUACGUGCAACUACGGCCAGUACUUCACCUGGGCCGACAAAGUCGGCGGCUCGUUCCGUGUCCCCGCCAAGGGUGAUGACCCGCUCGAUGCCGUUUUGGCGGUAAUCGAGCAAAAGAAGGCUGGAUUGGGUUCGAGAUCGAGCAGUGAAGAGUCCUUGAGGACGACACGUCAACGAGUGCUGGAUUUGUUGGCCGAGGAGACAACGAGCGAAAGCGGGUCCGAAGAAGUCGACGUCGCGACAAUGUUGAGCGUGAAGAAGUCUCAGUAG